AUGUCAAAUAACAACUCUGAACCCCUGUGCGACACUAAGAAGGAAUCGCUCAAGAAGAACUUGAAGAGAAAAGUCAGAGAAGGUGAAGAUGGACUCUCAAAGACAAAGAGGAGAAGACUGAACUACAACCAGGCUGAGAAGGAAUCAGGAUCGGCCUCGUCUGCGGACACUGGCAAUGGGAGCAGCAGCACACAGUCCAGUAGGUGCGGUACAACAGUGGAGGAUGUGAGCAAGAGGACUGGAAAGAGGAAGGCUGCCGCUGAUGAAGAAGAACCCUGCGCAAAGAGAAGGAAGGGCCGGCCAACCAUGAAGGAUUUGAUAGAUUCCCGAAGAGCUGAAUUUGAGGCCAAAUACCAGCAGGAGAAUCAUCUCGGUGAAGGAGGCUGUGGAUGUGUGUUUGCUGGCUACCGCAAAGAAGAUCAUUUACCUGUUGCCAUCAAACACAUAGCAAAAGACAAAGUGUUGUGCAAAGAGAGACGAAAUGGGAAAGAACUCUCAGCUGAGGUGGCUGUGAUGUUAAAACUCCAAGCUGGAAGAACUGGAUUAAUGGAGGAAUCAGCACCCGUGUCACUCCUGGACUGGUAUGAUCUGGACCAGGAGCUCAUCCUGGUGCUGGAAAGACCAAUGCCAUGUAUGGACCUUUUAAAUUACAUCAGGACAAACAGAGGCCACUUACAGGAGGACAAGGCAAAGAUCAUACUUAAACAGUUGGUUGAUGCUGCAAAUGAACUGGAGGAUAAGCGCAUCUUUCAUCGGGAUAUCAAACCGGAAAACAUCCUGAUUGAGACCAGCUCAGAUGUGCCGCGUGUUCGUGUCAUUGACUUUGGACUGAGCUGUUUCUUCAAGAAAACAUCAGUUUACCGUGUCUUCUGUGGUACCCCCCAACACGUCCCUCCGGAGUGGUACAGUCAUUAUACCUACAGGCCCGGCCCCACCACAGUGUGGCAGAUGGGAGUGGUCUUAUAUGAGCUGCUCCACAGAACAGUCCGAUUUGAUACCACAAGUUUCCUCAAACAUGAGCUGCCAAUCAGCGAUGAGCUGUCCAGAGAUUGCCAGGAUUUCUUACAGAAGUGUUUAAACACAUCCUACAUGCUGCGACCUACCCUGAAGGAGCUCCAGCUUCACCCAUGGCUCAGAUAAACCAACACUACACUCACACACGAGUUCAUGCCAAUACAAUACAUUCACAAUACAAGAACUAAUUCUGUUCUAGUUUUUCUUCACCAGGACCGUCAGGUUUUCUCCGGGUGCUCCGGUUAGACCAACUACAGUUCCUUUAGGCCCCCCGGCCGUCCGCGGAGAGGAGGAUCUCUCUUUGAAUUGCCUUUCCCGAGGUUUCUUCCCAUUUUUCAUCUGGCCUCAAGGUUUUGGGGAGUUUUUCCUCGUCUUCUUAGAGAGCUUGGGCCGGGUCAGGAGCUGCUUAUGAUUUGUGCUUAUGGCGAAAGCCAUAUCACAUCAUAAGGAAAAAAAAAAUGGAUACUAAUCUAUCAACUGGUCAUUUU